AUGGAAUAUAUUUAUAAAAAGGAAAGACGUACGUUUGGGGCACGUGUCCAUUUCGAAGACAAAGAUGAUGUGGUGUUUAGCGAGAACUCGAAUCCCGAGAUGGUGAAGAAUUUUAUUCUGAAAAACCCCGUUGACCGUGUUACACAAUAUGCGGGCCAGACAUCGCUCAGUGUGGCCAAUACGGAACGUGCAACCUACAAGAGCACUGGUAUUACCCACAAUGAAGGAGGAUGGCCCAAGGACAUUAAUAUGCAAGAUCCUGAACAGACGGUGCGCUACAAACGCAAGAUCGAGAAGGAUGAGAAUUAUAUUACUCAGGUUAUGAACCUGACAAAGCCAAUGGAGCACUACAUUUACCAAAACAAUGCAGUCAACAUUUACGAAAACUACUUUGAGAACUUGGAUCCGGCUCCUUUGCCAGAACCAUGCAAAUCCCGUACUGUAAACGUCUAUCGAGAUCCCAAUCCUAUAAAAGUCCCAGUUAAACAUCUGUCUUGGUCUCCGGACGGUGGCAUAAAAAUAGCGGUCAGUCACUGUGACAUGAAAUUCCAGGGCGACAAAAUCGGUCAGAAGUGUAGCUCCUACAUCUGGGAUGUAGAAAACCCAAAUGAACCAUUUCUGGCCCUGGAACCAAAGGUGUCCUGCGUAUGUCUUGAGUACAACCAGAAAGAUCCAACAAGCCUGGUAAGCGGCAUGUACAAUGGUCAGGUGGCUGCUUGGGAUACGCGUUACGGUAAGAAUCCGGUCAUGAUAAGCGAACGUGAGGUUUGUCAUCGGGAUCCAGUUAACUCGGUGCUGUGGAACAACUCAAAGAGCGGAACGGAGUUCUUUUCUGGCUCGUCCGAUGGCCAGGUUCUGUGGUGGGAUACGCGGAAACUGAGCGAACCGCACGAUCGACUGCUUAUGGACCCCGUUAGAAGUGAUGAACAAGAUUUAUCACGCUCAUACGGCAUCUCGGUCUUAGAGUAUGAGACUACGAUACCGACGAGAUUUAUGACGGGCACAGAAAUGGGUAUGUUGUUCUCGUGUAAUCGCAAGGGCAAAACGCCGACGGAGAAGAUACAAAUUAGGAUGAUGUGCCACCUUGGACCCGUUUAUGCCAUAACCCGAAAUCCGGCUUUUGUGAAGAACUUUCUAACCGUGGGGGAUUGGUGUGCUCGUAUUUGGUCCGAGGAUUGUCGCGAAAGCUCUAUUAUCUGGACAAAGAGCUGUUCCUCCAUGUUAACAGAUGGAGCAUGGAGUUAUACCAAAGUCUCGCAGUUCUUCAUAACUCGUAUGGACGGUGUAUUGGACACCUGGGAUCUUCUCCAGCAGCAAAACGAACCGGUUCUAACCGUUAAAGUGUGCGAUGAACCGCUGAAUUGUGUAAGAACCAAUGAGAAUGGUAAGUUCGUCAGUUGUGGCAGUCAAUUGGGCGCAACUUUCUUGAUUGAAGUCUCUGACAACAUGGUCAUGUCAGCUAAAAACGAUAAGCCACUAUUAACAGCGAUGUUCGAGCGUGAGAAUCGCCGAGAAAAGAUUCUGGAAGCGAAGUCUAGAGAGAGCAAGCUAAAGGUGAAAGCCACUCACGGUCAGGAUCAAGCCGAUUUGACGAUGUUGAAUGGAAAAGUGAAUAUGGCGCCCUUCGCAGCCAUUUGCGAGCAGGCUGCCAGUGAAUACUUUGCCGCUGUCGAACAGGAACGCCUGCGACGUCUGCCCGGUGGAAAGCGUAGAGGAUGCGGAGGAGGUUGAUGUCUCUGAAGCCGAAAACUCAAAACUGUAAUAUAAAAUGGUGUUAUAAAAUAAAGAAAGAAGGAAGCAAUAUUAUAAAAAUAAAUCGUUUAAAAAAAUAA